GCUGUGAUUCAGCGCGAUAUUUGUGACUUGCUGUUAUAUAGAUUAUAAUUUAGUUGUUUUGAUCUUUUUGUAAUGGCAGGGGCGGUGAAACAAAUACAGAAAGACGAGGACUUUCAGCUAGAACUGAAAAAUGCAGGUACCAAACUGGUGGUAGUUGAUUUCUUUGCCACAUGGUGUGGGCCGUGUAGGAAUAUUGCUCCGAUAGUGGAACAGUUGGCAGUAAAGUAUCCCAAUGCCGUGUUUUUAAAGGUGGAUGUAGACGUGUGCCAGGAAACUGCAGCCAGAAAUGGCAUCUCUGCUAUGCCAACAUUUAUAUUUUUCAAAAGUCAGGCUAAAAUUGACAGCCAGAAAGGUGCGGAUCCUGCAGGUUUAGAGGAAAAGAUCAAGAAGUGGUAUGGUGGAGAUUCAGAAAAUGGAGAAGGGGAAGAUACUACAGUACAGGGCCAUAUUGAUUUGUCAUCGUUCUUUAUGAAAGGUGGUUGCGAAUGUCUUAAUGAAUCAGAUGACCAUCCAUUCUCAGACUUAUUGUCAGGCAGUGGUCAUCUUGAGUCCGACUGUGAUGAACAGCUGAUUAUUGCUGGGGAAUUUUCACAACCAGUGAAACUGCAUUCUUUCAAGCUAUAUGGGCCUUCAGAUAAGGGGCCAAAGAAUGUUAAAAUCUUUAUAAAUCAACCAAAAACAAUGGACUUUGAUUCUGCAGAAAGUAUGGAGCCAGUGCAAUCUUUCGAACUGACACCAGAUGACAUAAAAGAAGGCGGCAUUGUAAAUCUAAGAUAUGUCAAGUAUCAGAAUGUGCAAAAUUUAACGAUAUUUAUCAAGGAUAACCAGGCAGGUACAGAAGUCACUCAAGUAGAUGCUUUCACAGUCUAUGGAACACCUGUUGGCAAAACUGAUAUGGCAGCUUUUAAGAGGGUGGCUGGUAAAAAGGGAGAGAGUCACUGACCAGCUAAAUGGACAAUGCAAGAGCGGUAUACAAUUUGACACAAGCAUCACUAUUACCACAUUUCACAGGAGGUACAUUUGGAUCUGACAGUAUUCAUAUCUCAUGAUAACUUCCACUGGUCUGUCAUUCUGACCUUGUUUUAUGCAUAUAUUAUCAUCAUUUCAUGUGGAUUUAUACAGGGAUGAACAUAAUUGUGACUGUGUUUAUUUUGAGUGUAAAAGUGAAACAAAAAUGGCAUUGAUUUGGUGAGUGACAUUAUUUUGUUUAUUGACAAGACAUUCUUUAUGCCAAUCAGAAUUUAUAAAAAGAAUUGAUUGAUAUUGUAAUAACUCUGAAAAUAAAGUAAUUUUUAUUCAUUUGUCUACAUAUGGUUGAAAUGUACAUUUCCUUUCAAUAAAUUGGAAAGAUGAGUGGUAAAACUAGUUUCAUUUAACUACUUAAAAUCUAUUCGGUGUGGUUGAUUUAAAGACCUGAUUUUGAAACUGGGCUGUUUGGAUCAGUUUCUUUGUCAUAAUAUGACUCCAUGUGCCUUCAUUUUAUUAGACAUGUGACAACAUGAACAUUUUCACCCAUUUUAAAGAACGGAACACACUUGAAUUCAAUUGUCAGUGAUUAUUUUAUGAGAGGAUUAAAGGUUCAGGAACA